UGGACUAUCCGAGAGGGGAGCAAGGGCGGUUACGGUUGUACAAUGCCGAAUAAAACGAAAAAAGACAAGGAGUCCCCCAAGUCUGGUAAAGUGGGCAAGAGUGGAGGACAGGAGAAUUCAGAGCAUGAGCAGAGCUCUAACAGGAAGGCAGGCAAUAGUGUUCCUCCCACAACUCAGCUGCUAAAGGGGAAGCAGCCAGGUUCCCAGACACCUGUCAAAAAGGACAAGAGGCAGAGCUCCUCUCGUUUCAGCUUGAGCAACACAAGGGAGCUGCAGAAACUGCCCGCUUUCAAAGAUGUUCCCCCAGCGGAGCAGGAGAAGCUCUUCAUUCAGAAGUUGCGGCAGUGCUGCGUCCUCUUCGAUUUUGUCUCCGACCCACUGAGUGACCUGAAAUGGAAGGAGGUGAAACGGGCGGCGAUAAGCGAGAUGGUGGAGUACAUCACGCACAACAGGAACGUCAUCACCGAACCCAUCUACCCAGAGGUGGUUCACAUGUUUUCUGUGAAUAUGUUCAGGACGUUGCCGCCAUCAUCCAACCCCACGGGUGCUGAGUUUGACCCAGAGGAAGAUGAGCCCACGCUAGAGGCUGCGUGGCCGCAUCUACAGCUCGUCUAUGAGUUCUUCCUACGCUUCUUAGAGUCACCUGACUUUCAACCAAACAUAGCCAAAAAGUAUAUUGACCAGAAGUUUGUAAUGCAGCUCUUAGAUCUGUUUGACAGUGAAGACCCCAGGGAAAGAGAUUUUUUAAAAACCACUCUUCAUCGCAUCUAUGGCAAGUUCCUGGGCCUGCGAGCGUACAUUAGGAAACACAUUAAUAACAUAUUUUAUAGGUUCAUUUAUGAGACUGAACAUCAUAAUGGAAUAGCAGAAUUACUGGAAAUAUUAGGCAGCAUAAUCAAUGGAUUUGCGUUACCAUUGAAAGAAGAGCACAAGAUUUUCCUGCUGAAAGUUCUGCUGCCUUUGCACAAAGUCAAGUCUCUUAGUGUAUAUCACCCACAGCUGGCCUACUGUGUGGUACAGUUCUUAGAGAAGGAUAGCACCCUCACAGAACCGACGGUUAUGGCUUUGUUAAAGUACUGGCCAAAGACCCACAGUCCAAAAGAGGUGAUGUUCCUCAAUGAACUGGAGGAGAUCCUGGACGUCAUCGAGCCUUCGGAGUUUGUGAAAGUCAUGGAGCCGCUGUUCAGACAGUUGGCCAAGUGUGUGUCCAGCCCACACUUCCAGGUGGCAGAACGAGCGCUGUACUACUGGAACAAUGAGUACAUCAUGAGCCUCAUCAGUGACAAUGCAGCCAAGAUCCUGCCCAUCAUGUUCCCAUCCCUCUACCGCAACUCCAAGACCCACUGGAACAAGACGAUCCAUGGCUUGAUCUACAAUGCUCUGAAACUCUUCAUGGAGAUGAACCAGAAGCUGUUUGAUGACUGCACUCAACAGUUCAGGGCAGAGAAAAGCAAAGAGAAAGCCAAAUGGAAAGAAAGAGAAGAAGCGUGGCUGAAGAUCGAGAAUCUUGCAAAGUCAAACCCACAAUUUCUGAGAUACGUUGACUCAAUAGGCUCAGGUAGUCCGAUGGACAUGGAGACAGACGGGCCGCUGCUAGACGAUGUCAACAUGCUAAAGAAAGCGGUAGAGGAGGAAGCCAUACAGAUCCAAAAAGAUCAGCGCAGAGAGCGCCCGCUGAUGAGGAGGAAAUCCGAACUCCCCAAGGACAUCUGCACUGUCACAGCCUUGGAGUUGCACCGCAGAGCCGAGGAAAUGUUGACAACGCACGACGGCCACUAAGAGACCACCCCAGAUCCACCAUAAACCAGCAGCAGCAGCAGCAUCCACAGAGGAACCACAGGCCCCCAGAGGCCAGCACAACAGAACUCUGGUAUCUCAGUCCAGCACAACACAGAACUGAACUGCUCCACCUGACACAGAAAAUGUCUAAAGCCGUCUAAGCCUCAUUUGGCUAUCGGGGACAAGCGGCGCUCGAUUCCUACUGACCCCCCCCCUCUUUUAUCCACCUGGUUGUCGUCCAGCAGAAACGUCAGGUCCUGCAUGACCACGACACACACCGAGGCUCUGAACUUCAUGAUCUCUUCCCCCCCACCCCUCGUUUUUCUCUUCUCCUGUCUUCUCAACUUUGUUGUGUUUUUCGGGGUGCUGUGCUGCCCCCUUCUGGUCAUUUCUCUCAGGUGUUCUGUUCUGUGUGUGAGCUGUCUUCUCUUCUUGCCUCUUCUUUAUAGAUGUCAGGUGCUUGUUCAAAUAAUAUGAGCCUUCGGUUUGAUUUAAAACAAACAAAAAUAAAAAAAUAACAAAAACAGCCCUCAUCAUCAGUUGAUGAGAAAACUGUCAGUUGUUUCUAUAUAUUUAAUAUUCUCAUAACAUUUAAACUAGACAGCUGUUUAUAUUUUAUUUUAUCCUACUUAGAAUAUUAGGAGCUCUUCUCAGAGUAAAACACACUUCCUGCUCUGUUUGGAACUUGCUGUUUUUUUUUUUUUUCUUUUUUCCAUUGGCUGUGAAGAUUCAUUGAUCGUUCUGUUAAUCAGGACAGGGUCAUCUGGGACUACCAGCAGUACAACUGUUCAUCAAACAGUGCUGGCCUGACAGAGGUCAUGGUUUUUCAUCCAACAGAUCUUUGCGUAGAAGCCGAGUUUGGUGCCAACACCUCAUUCAUUUAGUUCCUUUCUUUCAAACGAUCAUUUUAACUGUGUAGGCAAUAAGUUAAACAGGUUUGCAGUGUGUGUCGGUGGCUCAAACAAUGGUCAGAUAGUUUGUUUCAUGUUGAGAUGUGACUGGGAUGAGUCCAGGCCCAUCCCGGUUUGCUGCGCCCAGUUACAUGAGAGGGGAUUGUGGGAUUUAUUUUUGGUCGCUCGUUCCCAUCCAGCCGCGAUCGGAGUGUGUUCAACAUGGUCAUUAGCAUUCAGUACAAGUCGCUGUCAUUCAUAUGAAGCUUACGAGAGGUCAGAGAGAUGUAGUCGCUCGUCUGGGAUUUACACAAUGCUGGUGUGUGUUGAGACGUCAAAAUCGGGGCAGAAACUGUGCUGAUAGUGAUCGCUUCUUUUCUACUCUUCUCAAGCAAGACCCUUUUAUUUAUAAAACACUUGUUAGACUGCUCCGUAGAUGAGGUAUGUUUGGUUUGAAGAGGUCGAACAUAAGCCUUUCUUUUCACAGUGCCUUUUAUAGUCUAAGGGGAUAUUUUGCUCAACUGAGAAUCGAGUAGUAGCAUAAACUAAAAUACCAGAUCAUUUAAAAAAAAAAAACAAUUGUAACAUCAGUUUCCAAAAAAAACCCCCAACGCGUUCAAGUCUCGCCGCUUGUACUCCAGCACAUGCCUUGUCCAAGCUACAAAGUGGAUUUUGUAGUUAACAGCUAGAGAGGAGAAGCAGAGUGGUCGCCCCAAGCCACUUCAGCGAUGAAGCACUUCCUGAUAAAACUUGAAAGAAAAACAGAAACACAACUGAAAAAAAAAAGUAGUAAAGAAUUGAAAUCCGUGAUGCUGUCUGUCUUGGUGUGUGGGGGUCACCUCCCCUGGGUGGGGUGGAUAAGAGCUAGCCUCCACAGGAGAGGAAAUCACCUCCCAUUGUGAAUUUUCCAUUCUGUGCCGCCUCCUCUAUUGUCCCAUUCCGCUUUUCAUUUGUACCAUUGUUUGACCCCCUCUGCCCAGACCUGCACACUGACUGUAACCCCUCCCUUUCAGUAGAACCAACCGCCCUGUAGGGCUCGUUAUCUGGACACCUGUUUGAUCUGCUUCUGGAUGCUUGCAAGUUCUUUUUGUUGUGGUUUUUAUUCUUCCUUUGCCUGCAGAACCUCUUGUCAGUGUUUCAACUGAAUGUGCAAAUUGUAAAUAAUACUGCAGUUACAUUGUUCUGUUUUCUCCAUGUUUGUCUCGGAGAACAACAUUCACCAAAGGCCCAACCUCAUCUCCCGUUGCCUUCUGGGUAUUUCAGUGGAUCUGAUGAAAGUGAUUCCAUCCCUUCAGUAAACUUCAUCGUCUGAUUGGUGGUUCGCUGAUUGGUGACUGCUGUUCUUCUUGAAAUGGCUUUAAUAUUGGCUUCUUUGGAGCUCUCUUCAUUUUACAUAAGCUUUGUUUUCUCUUUCUUUGAAAAGAAUGAAGUGUCCUUUAGUAUAUGUCUCAUACUAAAUGGCUUCAUCUAAUAUUGUACAUAUAAUGUACUUUUAUUUUAUGCUAUAUCUAUUAUUAUAUGGUAGAUUUCAUAUUUUGUACAAAAUACCCCAUGUACAGAAUACAGAGGUUAUUAGCAACUGCAGACAGUUGGUAUGUGGCACAGACUUCAACACAUGUGACUAUUUACAUUUAGAAACCGUGUAGAAUUUGGAUAGUUUUUUAUCUAUUUGUAAUCCCACAUCUUUUUCCGUUUUUUUUGUUUUUCAUCUUCAAACAUGUGUUGAGAUUCUACAUACAUGAGCUUUUUGUGUGUGCUUUUAUCCAAAUCUCCAGUGGUGUACAUCUAUCUAUAUACAGCAAAUAAAGAGAACAUGUGAGUUUUAUAUUUUCAUCCUAAAAAACCCCCAAA